AUGCCUCGUCAAAACCGUGGUCGUGCCCCUGCCGCUCCUGCGCGCAGCGCUCCUGCUCGCCCUACUGCUGCUCCUGCCAGACCUGCUGCUCCUCAAACACAGCAGAGCCAGCCUCACUCGACUGCUGCUCAUGCCCCUGCUCCUGUUCAGCAGGCUCCUCCUAUGCCGGUUCAGAGCCAGGGACCUGGUCUGUUCGGUCAGAUGGCCUCGACUGCUGCUGGUGUUGCUAUCGGUUCCUCCAUCGGCCAUGCCAUCGGUGGCCUCUUCUCUGGUGGCAGCUCCAGCGCCCCCGCUGAGGCUCAGCCAGCUGCACCAGCUGCUCAACCCAUGGACAACGGACUCUACGCCAGCUCAAACAGUGCUUCGUCUUGGGAAAAUCCAGCCUGCGCCACCGAUGUGCAAAAUUUCCGCAAGUGCAUGGAUGAUAACCAGGGAAAUAUGUCCAUUUGCGGAUGGUAUUUGGAUCAGUUGAAGGCUUGCCAGGCUGCCGCUAAGCCUUAUUAG